CGCGCAUCACUACCCACACACCUUCCUUAACGUUCAGUGUUACGUGCUAGGCGCAUGCGCGCGAUCGUCUAUUUAACUCACUUUUUAUUUCGCACCAUACGAAACUAUACGAAAAUAAUUAUAUGGCAGUGGGGACACAAACGUGUGGUGAAUUCCUUUGUGAUCGUGCUAACGGCUGCAGGGGAAGGACAUCUUCAAAUGGCUGGACAAUAAGAUCAACAUGGGACCUGAUCAAAACCCAACUAUGCACGAUAUCGUUGUCACUAACGCUGUUCAACUCGGUCCGUCUGCCUCGAGAGGCGUUCAAGCAUGGGGCUGUGCCGUACCUGGUGGUGUACACAUUUUGGCUGCUGGUUGUCGGUUUGCCGACGACGCUGCUGCAGUUGGCGAUGGGGCAGCUGAGCCAGCAAGAUCCUGUUGGGGUGUGGAGAGCUGUGCCUAUAUUGAGGGGAGUCGGCCAUUUGAAAGUGAUAACUACAUUUCUAUGCUGCGUUUAUUAUAUGAUAUAUGGGGCUCUGUCAUUGGCGUACCUUAUAUGGAUAAGUAAAGGUACAUUCCCACUGAAAGAUUGCACCAAGCUGCAUUUGACACCGCACGGAUAUGAAAAUAAGAUGAACGCUUCAGAGUGUUUUAAUUCUACGUUCCUGGCUCCAUUCACUGAAUAUCCACAAUAUCUCAGCAUAAUGGCAAUACUUAUAUUCAUUCUAUGGUUCUUCGUUCCCAUUCUAUUGUAUCGACUUCGGAAAAGUUUGAAAGUCGCGCUCAGUGUAUUAGCUCCAUUAAUCGUGGUUAUCGCAAUACUCCUCUGUACAUUUCUGGCUGACAGUACACUAUUGGAUACAAUGUUCGAAUCGUGCGAGCAAUGGUCACCUUUGUACCAGCCGUAUAUUUGGCACAGUGCGUUGGUACAAGCAAUGCUAUCCACUCAGAUAACUGGCGGCUACUUGAUCAGCGCUGGAGGAAGUGUUUACAGACAUUCAGAUGUGCGAUGGACCUCAGCGUCGGUAAUAAUGACAAAUAUAUUCAGCGGAUGGCUGUGGCUACUCAUGUGGGAAGCGAUAGGAGGGCACGAUGCGAAGGAUACAACUUUCAUAUCAAUUCUAGUCGUAAUUUAUCAGUCCUCGGUAUCAGGAAGGCGAACAAAGGAAUGGCCGCUGCUUGCCUUUGGAAUAAUAUUUUUAUCUGGUAUCGUUACUGUGAUAAUCCUUCUUCUCCCGGUAUACGAUAAACUUCAUCGACUGACCGGUGAUCAUUGGAGACUGUUCGCAAGCGCAUCAUCAGCCGUUGGUACUGCUCUCACAGUAGCAGUGCUGGCCAGGGGAUUGGAAGUUGCCACUGUGCUGGAUGAUCUUGUAGUGCCAGUACUGGCAGCGUUUACGGUUGCUGUGGAGGUGGUGGGGUUUGUGUACAUAUACGGGUGGAGUAACUUAACAGUCGACAUAGAAUUCCUUACCGGUGUCAGAUUACCCUGGUUCUGGAUAGCGACGUGGUGGACAACGCCAUUCUUAGUUCUCGGCGUGACUGGAUGGUGGUUAAAGGCGUUGCUCCGCAUGUCUUGGCUUCAGAACCAAACCCUGUGGGCUUUGGUUGGAGUUUUUAUCGCUAUAAUAAUUAUAAUGGCAGUUAUGGCAGGCAUUGCCGUUGCAAAGGAGGAGCAAUAUAAUCUACUUUCGAAAAUUUCAUCUGCCUUCAAAUCAUCACGUCUAUGGGGACCAGAAGAGCCAAUGGCACGCUACUUGUGGAUGUCACAACGCUACGUCAACGAUAUCGCAGCCAAGGAUAAAGAAACUCAGUUCGAACAAAAUAAUUAUACCUCAGUAGUGUUUAGUAAAGACAACGAAAAGAAAUACAACAACGAAUGGACCAAAAAUAAAGAUAAAUACCAAAGCAACAUUAAUUACUAUACCAAAAUUGAUUUCACAAAUAAAAAUAACACAAUACUUAAAGACAAAUUAGAUGUUUAUACGAAUCAUACAAUACCAAGAACACAAUCAAAGAGUGUGGACGACAAAUUUCGUUCGCCAAAUAUAUGUAUAGCCAAAGGGCAGCUAGGAGGACCCUUGAAUUGUAAUUGUAAUAGACAUUUCACAUUAAAUGUACCAGAUCUUAGAAACAACGAAGUAACGACCAGUCUAUGAAGACAUUACAGCGAAAAAGUAUCCUAGUCUACUAAUUUAUUGUUAUAUUUAAUGUUACAGAACUAAAUAAAAACCAUGAACAACGAAUGUA